CACCAGAUUAUGCUUCUGGAACUAGACACAAUCCUUUCCAUGUUCCUUAUGUAUGGUGGCCAUACACUUAAUCAUAACCAUGUCACCUGGAUACUGGUCAAAGAUUUUCUAUCAUAAUCAGCCAAGCCCCAGGUUAUAGACAUAGUUCUAGUAAGACAUAGGUGCUCCUAUUCUUAAAUCUCACUGCCCGACUUGGCCUGAGUGUUGCCUUCUUAAACACAAAUCUUAUAGCCAAGCAGUUCACCCAUCUUACUCUUUAGGGGCAAACCUUCCCAUCCACUGUGGAAUCCCAUAAUUGUCAUGUGUUAGCUUGUUCAAAUGUUUCUCUCACAAAUCCUCAUUGUCAUACUUCUAACAAAGCUGAAAAUAAAAAUCUUGUCCAUUUUUUUCAAAAAGAAGAAGGUGUGUUUAUGGUUACUACAAUUUUCAUCUUGAAUUUUAAAUUGUACAUUUAUCCUGGCUUCUAGAUUCAGUUUAAUACACAUAUUUCCAUCAUAAUUAUAUCUAAUCCCCGGUAAUUUGUUAUAGCAAUGAAAACAUGGAUAAGGAGAUCAUUCAAAUUAUGACUGAUCUCAUAAUUUGGCACUGUGCCUCACCAAGUUUCCCAGGCUGAACUUCCAUAUCAUCUGUCACUCAGGCAAGCCUAAAUUUGUGAUUGUAUUACCUAAAACUCCUAAGAAACUGAAAAUAGAGCCCCUGACUUUCAGCCCCCACUAUUAAAUUCUUCGAGUAUGUUGACUUCCUUUCCAUUAUUCACAGCAUCCAUGCUAAUGCCUCUGCUGGGAAACUACUUUGACCUUCUCCUCCAUGUCUGUUGAUAAAACAUUUUCUGAGACAGCAUUUCUCCCACCUUCAGAGAACCUCAUCUCAGCAUAUAGAGUCACAAUGAAACACCUAGAAUGAUGACAUAGGAUCCUUUCUAUACGAAGGGGAAGAGACCACACUAGUCUGGGAAGUUAUUUUCUGGGUUAGGUUGUGAAGGACAUCACCUGCAACUUCCCUGGAAAUUACCUUCAUGGGGAGCAUCAUCUACAAUUAGGAACCUAACUGAAGAAAAAUAUCCCAUCAACAGGAAAGAUAGCUCUGACUAGAACGUCUCAAGGUAAAUAUCAGUCUCCUUUUCUCUUCUACCCCUGUUAUUUGAACUCCUCUAAUCCACACCCAUAAUGAAUGUCACUAGGGAUUUCUUUCCACAGAUGCCCAGGAGCUGAUCCAUCCAUAAACAUGACAAACAACACUAUGGUGACAGAAUUUACUUUGUUGGGCAUCCCCGAGACAGAGGGCCUGGAGAGUGUCCUGCUCUUCCUGUUCUCAACAUUGUAUGCCUGUGCCUUGCUGGGAAACUUGCUCCUUCUUACUGCAGUCACCUCCUCCCCACGACUCCACACUCCUAUGUACUUUUUCUUGAGCAAUCUCUCCAUUUAUGAUAUGGGUUUCUGUUCCACUACAUCUCCAAAGAUGUUGUCAUACCUCUCAGGAUGGGGUGGAGGGAUCUCUUUCCAGGGAUGUGUUGUCCAACACUUCUUCUAUCAUUGUAUCGGUUGCAUAUUGUGCUUCCUAUACACGGUGAUGGCCUAUGACUGCUUUGUUGCCAUAUGCUUCCCUUUGAGAUACACAAUCAUCAUGAACCACAGAGUAUGCUGUGCCUUGGCCACAGGGACCUGGAUGAGUGGCUGUGUGCAUUCCACUAUCCUAACUUCCCUCACUUUCCAGUUGCCUUACUGUGGCCCCAGCAAAGUGGGCUAUUAUUUCUGUGACAUGCCUGCAGUGUUACUGCUAGCCUGUGAAGACUCCUCUCUAGCACAGAGGGUAGGUUUCACAAACGUUGGUCUUUUAUCUCUCAUUUGUUUCUUUCUCAUUGUUGUGUCCUACACUCGAAUCGGGAUCUCCAUCUCAAAAAUCCGCUCAACAGAAGGCAGGCAGAGAGCGUUCUCUACCUGCAGUGCCCACCUCACAGCCAUCAUGUGUGUCUAUGGACCAGUCAUUGUCAUCUACCUGCAGCCCAAUCCCAGCCCAUUACUUAGUGCAAUAAUUCAGAUUUUCAACAAUCUUGUGACACCCACCAUCAACCCAUUGAUCUACAGCCUGAGGAAUAAGGAUGUGAAAGCAGCCCUAAGGCAUGUAUUUCUUAAGAGAUGUCUCAGCCUGGAAGUAAAUGAAAACAUCUAAAUGUUUGCUUAACAAAAUAGGAAUUACUCUGCAAAAUCUACUUACAUCUACAACUUAUUUCAUAGGACCAAUGGCAUAUCUAACUUCCACGGCAUAUUGCAAUAAAGUGUACAUUGCAUCAAUUUACCACUUUAUUUACUCUUUGAAAUACAUAUUUGUUUCAUA